GGUCAUCGUUUUUACUGGGAUUCGUACAGGCCCGUCGUUACACAGUUGAACGUACGUGAAGAUACCGAUGACAACUGUUUUCUCUCUACACAGAACAAAAAAUCAGAAAUAGUGGAUUUUUAAAAUUCACACAAUGUAACUUUAAUCUGUACUUUUCUAUAUUGCAAGUGUGGCGUGUAUUACUGUCAUCGGGCGUAUGAACAAAUGCAAUAACGACGGCUACGUAAUGAGGACGUUUGGCAAAGAACAACAUAAUUAUACAGAAAUAUAUGGCGAGCGGAAGCAGUUUGAAAUGGAGAUGUUGUAACUAUAAAUAGAUUACUGUCUGCUAGCAUCUGUCAUAUUUAACUGAGAUGAGCUGAAGUUAAUUAUAAAUACCUUUAUCAAAUAGUAGAGGCAAAUCAAAUGCACCCUAAUCAGAUAUAUAUUUUUUUUUUGUUAAGCGUCCUCGGGCACUAAAUCUUAUAUGCCUACGAGAUAAGGGGGUCGCGGUACCUCAAUGAUGUGGGUGCAAAAAAAAACAGGUGGGCAAGCUCUUUUUCCGUCGUUUUUACAAACUCAUUCGCUUUGGGAUUUGGUGUUGCUCUUGUGUUUGACACGUAAUUUUAUCAGAUUCUAUAAAUACGAUGUCAACUGAAAAAGGAGAAUCGUUUGUAAUAUGAAGCUUGUUUAGCAUCAGACUUUGUUUCAUUACGGUAUCAACAUGUUUGGACGCCCUGAAUACAUGCAUCUACGUUCAAACGUAGAAAACUGACUGGCGCCUCUAUUUUGGCCAGUUGAUUCAGAAGCCUGAUGCUCACACAGCUUCGUAGAACGUAACAUUUCGAUUGUAGAAUCGAACUCAAAUUGAGAUAAAGAAAUUUUUCAAAUGUUAAAUUAAUUACGAUUCUUUGUCUAGACUGUGGCUAGUGUCCAAUUUAUACAUGUCUAGUUAGUGAAAAGUGGAUGCUACUGAAACGAUAAUAAUACGGUUGAGAAGAUUACGCACUAUCUGAAAUCGUUCACUCGCGUAAAUAUGGAAGGAAACGAGUUCCUCUCUAGCUCAUUUGAGGUUCCUGACGAAGAAUCGAUUCGCGGAGCUGCCGUGCUCUCGAAUGCUAUCCUUGAGUCACUGUCGCAAUCGGACGCCAAUAGUGAUACUUUUACAAUAGAUAAUGAAUGCCAACGCGCCAUAUCGCAAACAGCGGGAAGUUUGAGAAAAGGAUUUUUCCAGCCAGGGAUUGCUCUAUAUGGACUUCGUGGGCUGGCAUCCCAACUUCGCAAGUGUCACAGCGUCAACACAGCUCUUCGCAAGGGAGUGGAUAAGCAUAUAACCUAUGUGCUGCAGCAUGGCCUUAUUCAAGGAGGCGCUACACCCUAUGCCAGAGACACGGCAUUACUUAAAUGUAUGGAACUAAUUGCAUCUCUAUGCGAAGAGUAUAUUGAGAUCGAGUACAUAACCUCUCGAGGCCUCUACAUUGCGUUGAAGAUGGCCUUAUACUUACCAGAAUUGACGAAAACCUCUCAGCGUGACCAUAUCUAUCAAGGCACUAUAUUUAUUUGCCAACGUGCUCCAACAAUGGCACUGAAACUUUUUGAGCGUAUGCGAAAUUUGUACCUCCGAUUGCUAAAGUUACCAAUGGGAAAAAUAAAAGACCAAGAAUACCAUCGGGUCUUGUUUUUAUCUCAUGUCAUACAAUUACUGGUAGAUGCCGCACCGGACGAAAAAGCCAUCCAAAUUUACAAGCAGUUCAAGGAUGAACUUACAGCGACUCUAAGACAGCUGCAACUGAAUGAAAUCGUAGUUCGCUACGUGUCCUUCUCUGUCAUGGAAGCACUCGACUAUAAAAUUUCAAAAAAAACUACAUCGACUUUAGCACAAAGGAGCGCAAUGCAAGAUUCUUCUCACAGUCAGCCCCGGAGUUUAUCAAUAAUUACCGGGAUUUCUCUUACACCUAACCGUGUUGAAUCAAACGACAGCCAGAAUGACAACGAUGAAAAUGAAAGUUUCGUUUACAAUUGGCUUUUUAGCAAAAGGCCACGGUAACCUGUACGCCACUGGAGAACUCAAACAACAUACGAAAAUGCAAUGAUUGAAGUUUUGGUUCAUGCUAUUAUUAGUAGCGGUCCUACAAGUUCUAGCCAAGUGAUGAGUAUAUAUAUAUAUAUAUAUACACUAUAAGGUCAUUAAUUCAACUUGGGUCCUCGUAUUUUAAAAUGCACCAUUAAUAGACAAUGGUAUGUUAUCAUAUAUGUCUGAGUAGGACGCUCAUUUUUUAUUAGGCUGUUAAGCAUUGCCAAGCUCUUUUCAUGUAAAGUCGUCCUAGGGUUGACUUCUUAAUCUGUUGGACCAUGUUAUUUUUUAAAUUUAUUUCUAAUAAUUAAGAUCCGGAAGUUCUCAUAAUAUAAAUAGAAGUUACAUAGGUAAAAAACAAGUCGACUGACGAAUACAUAUCUAAAAUUCUAAAAGCGAACAUGAAAAGUAAACCUAGUAAACAUAUACUAAUAAAAAAAAAUAUUCAAAAUCUGAAAUGAUAAAAAGUAAGCAGGGGUUUUGUAGAAGACGAUAAACUUUUGUUCAGGUAAUAGAUGCAAAAAUCGAUUUUUCCCCCUCGUAACGUAGGGUAUGCCCAAAUUUUUUCCUGCCAAAACUCGUCCGUCAAUAAGUUUGUAGUCUAAAUUUAUAAUAAACUGAAAUAUUUUUUUGCUAUUCGAAAACUAAACAAAAAUUUUUCCGCGU